UCGCCACUGGUGCACGGUGGCUUGAAAAUGAAAACACGGAAGCGAUACUACUCGCGCAGCGAAACUGUCAACUUGAGUGCAGACUCGUGAAAACGUGAAAAUUGAAAGUUUGAGGGAGAUUUAGUUGGUGAUUCAGCGAGAGUGAUCCGAGUUUGACGAUCUCGCACGAUCGAGUAUUGACCCGCGUUAACCUCCAGGCUCGAGCUUGGAAAAAUUCGUUGGGUUUGCAGCGAUCAGCCGUCGCGUCACGAGAUCGGUGAUCGACGAUAUUCUGGCUUCGAAAAGAAUAUGUUUCACGUUGAAUUCUUGAAACCUGUCCGAUAACUAACUUACUCCGUCGCUGUUCUCCGUUGCUCAAUUCGGGGAAUUCGAGUCGUUUUUUAUUCGAGAGAUGGGGGAAGACUCGAUAAACUAAUCGUGUAACUUUGCGGGGAUUUAGAAACGCGGAGAGUUCGUUUACUUGUUGAGAAUGGUCAAGAACGAACUUUUUCUUAUUUCCCAAAGUGCAAACUAGGUCAGCCCCUUUAUUUCGCUGAUAUGCUGAUACGCUGAUACCCGCCGUCAAAAUAAAUAAUUAAAUGAAUGUUAAAUACAUGUCAUAAUUGAUAUUUCUCGAAAUUGGUCUUUUGGAUACAUUUUCAGUUUAUCGUUUUAGUUCAUCGUUAGCGACACUGAAAUAGUGUAUAAACAGUGUUUUGGAACUUACGUACUGGAAGAAUAGAAUUGUAAAGUUCUCCUGCACCUCGACAAUUGGUUUAGUGUGUAUCGUAAAAACAAGCAAUACUAACUUAAUAAUAAUAUAUUACCGUCGGAAGUAUACCGAAUCUCAAUUUUUUUGUGCAGAAGUUUAGAACCAGUGAUAAUUGCAUAUUAUUACAAUGUGUAAAUUAGGAUGUAAAAGUAAUUUAAUCCUUUCUUCAAAAUUUCUUUGUAUAAAUUCUUUUACAAUAUGUCGCGAUUAAAACAAAGCCAAAGCACUAAUAAAGGUCGGGAAUAAAAUCCUUAUUUGUCAAGCGAUGAUUUGACUAGCUAUUUUUUUUUUUUUGUUUCAAUGUUUUUACCAACAUUGCUGGUCUUUCAUCGAAAAUAACGACAUUAAUACAACCGAGAACAUAAUAACGCAUAACGAAAUUAAAAUCUAAUAAAAGUGCACGAGUUUAAGAGAUCUUACAAUUCCUAAUACGACGUUACUUCCUGUUCGUUUAAAUUCCUUUGCGGAAGACGAGUUUGCAUAUCGGGAUAUAUUUCGUUUGUUGUGUAUAAGUAACAAAGGAAUCGAUUUUUCUUUGAAAGAAGAAGUUCACGCGACAGAGAGUUGUUAAUUUUUAGAUCUGGAAGACGACUGAAGUUUUGGAAAUAACAAGAACAAACUGAAAACGGUGAAGAGUGAAUGGUUCCGUGUUGUAAUCGACGAUGAUCGUCGAGCCGAUAGCGAAUUGCACGGGAAUCAUCGAUGAUUGCGCGAACGAAGCCGUAAAAUAGAGUUGAGUUUUGAAGAGAGAAGAGAGAAGAGAGAAGAAAAGGAUGACACUGUUGAAGACUUAACUGUGUUUUCGAGUCACUUUGCCGCUAUGGUUCGCGCGGUAUGUCAGUUACUCGCCAUGGAGAUUGGCCUGUGGAGAGUGUACGAUGUUGGAAGGUGGACGUGCAGUGGUCUGGCUCCUUGUAUCAGCCCCACGAGCUGCACGCCACCCGAAAGAUUCACGAACUAACCCAAUUGUACCUGUUUGAGUCCACCAGUUGCAGAGCCCCUGCACCGUAACCCCCAUGACGCAUUUAACACAUGGCCCGCCUGGAGAACCGAGAUCACGUAAAAACGAAAACAGCGAAAAGGUCGAAAGCGACGAGCUCUUUGGCCGUUGGUCGAUCGGGUCGGCGUAACUUGUUCGGUCGCACGAAGCUGGGAGCAAUGUCCGACAGCUGGUCCCGGUAAAUGGGCUCGAGGGAAGAUCGGUUAGAAUUGCGUUUGAUUGUUGCAGUACCAAGCAUAGUGGUGCAUAAAGGCAGCAGGUCGCAGAGUCGACCUGAGAGUCCCACGGUGGUGGUGCGAGGAGGAAUGCCCUCGCUGCCAUCCUCCAGGCAAGGCUACGUCAUAGGUGGCCCGAACUUGUCGAAUCAGAGCAGCUCGGAAUUGGAUAUGAUAGACGGGAAUGUCAAUCCCAAUGUCGACUCUUCUCCCCCGCUUCACCGCACCUCGCCCUCCUGUCCGCCCGAUAGAACCGACACGGAGAACAAAAACUUUCGUAACAGGACGAGUACGAAAGUAAAGUUACUGGUGAGGAGCCAUGCCAUGAGAGAGUCGACGUCUCCCCCGAGGGAGUCGCAGAACGGUUCGUCAUCUCCGCAUAGCCCUCAGUCGGUGGACGAUGAGAAGAAGUUCGCUGGUAGCCUGUCCCCCAACUCCACCAAGCUCAAUAACAACGAGUCGAUGUUCAACAGCAACCUCUGCCCGAAUCAGUCUCCGAAGCAAAUGCGCAAUACGGCCACCUCACCCACCUGUCGAGCUCCCUCGCGAAACGGUCAAUCUAGUCCUUCUCAAGUCCACUCGCCAAAGAACACAUCUCACGCAUCUCCAACGAACGGCAACAAGUCGGAGUCGCAGCGUUCCAAGAUGACAGGCACGAACGUCGUUCAGAAAUGCAACAACUGCGUAAAGAACAAUCACAACGAACGACCCGGCUUGCUGCAAACGCCCGUGUCGCCCUCCAAGUCCGGCCAGGCGUUGCAGCACUCGCCCAAGAGCAUGAAUCUGGCCCAAAAUGCGCAAAACAAUCAGCACAGGUCCGAGCAACGCAGACCGAACACACUCAACAUCUGCAACAAUCAAUCCAACACGCAGUGCGGCAACACUCUCUCCGUCAGCAGGCCUGGCUCGCGGCACAAGCUCAGGCAUCAGAAUUCUUCUCAGGGUAGCUUCGACAGCGCGUCUCCAUGCCUCUCGCGAGACAGCAGCACGGAACUGUACACGGACAGUACCGGGAUAGACCUCGAGCAUUUCAUCGCGGAGACCAUAAACCGCAAUCCGAAGGAUCGCACGGUGCUGUUGAAGAUCGAGAAAGACCUGAUCGAGUUCGCGAGGGACAAGCAGAAGGUCUGCCACAAGUUCCCGAACAUGUCCUCGUAUAAUCGGAUGUUGGUUCACCGCGUGGCCGCUUACUUCGGCAUGGAGCACAACGUCGAUCAGUCAGGCUCGAGCGUGAUAGUCACCAGGACGAAGAAUAUGCGAAUUCCGAACACCCGUUUCAAAGAGCACAUCCGAGACGACUUGAUCCUGUCUGAGGAGCCGCGCAGGAGCAUCCUGAAGCGGGACUCGAGCUCGUUCGAAGACAGCUUCCACUUCAAGUCGCCCGACAGACUGUCCGGGGAUUACUGUCGGCAGAGCAAGAGUUACGAGGAAAGGGAGGAGGAGUACGAACGCGUCAGACGAAGAAUAUUCAAGGACAGCAGGGGUGAGAGCAGCGAGAUCGCAUCCUGGCCGUACUGGUCGUCUUCGGAGAGCUUCGACGCGUCCGCGAGAUACCGUUUGUUGCAUCCAUCGGACCACGCGAUUAGGCAAACGAAGCUCUUGAAAGGGGAGUCUUUCGAUGGGAGGGAGUCGUGUCGGAGCGGAGUAUUGAGACCAUCGGUUUCCAAGUCCUUCAGCUUCGGUGGUUACACCAGAGGCAUGCUUUCCAGGGGGGACAGCGUCAUGUCCACCCACAGUGCUGGACCUCGUCUCAUGAAGCAAGACUCGGGUGCUAGCAUGUGUUCGCGACUGAGCCCUUCGAGUAGCGGGUACAAAUCGCAGAGCCAGCGGAGCGACGCCACGAUAUCGCCGUCUCCGUCGCCAUCGCCCGUGGCGAACAUGACGUGCAGUCACACGCAAGUAUCUAGUCAGGAUCUCGCCUCGCCGGAUUCAAGUAACCAAACGGUGAUGUGGGCGGUCACCAGUAUAUCUAGCGUGCCACCCGGUAGCAUAAUCAUAAAUCCGCAAACGAAUCAGCCGUACACUAAUCCAGACGGUUCGAUCUACCGUUUCGACCCGGAGAAUCCACCGAAAUUUUAUACCGCCGCUACGUCGUCGCACGAAAACGAGGGAAGUCACAUCUCUCAUGUGAAAGCCACUGCGGAGCCAUCCGAGCCAUCCAAAGUAACGAAUAAUAUUAAGAACGAAGGGAAAAAGAAGCCGCAGUCCAACAGAAACUGUGCCGGGAACGCAACUACGGUCACGCACGUGACCAACACCGCGACUUCGCCGAGUUUGCCAUUCACGCCACCCCCGCAGCACAAUCCCGGGCUGCCUCAGCAACAACAGCUGCAACAACAGCAGCAGCAGCAGCAGCAGCAGCAUCAUCAUCAUCAUCAACACCAGCAGCAACAAAAUCUAGUCAAAUCGUCGUCGACGGUGCAAACUUGUAAUCACAACCAAACAGCUCAACCGUACACCGCUUACAUACCUACCUCAGAACCGUACAACCAAGGUGUCUACCCACCCUCUGUGGGACAGCAAACUGUGAUGAUGGCUCCUCAUCCGAGCCAGGCUCAGGCGAAUGUACAGAAUAAUGGUCAAGGGGAUGUGUUUAAUCAGAAUUCGAUUUACGCGAAUUAUGCAGUACCUGUGCAGCAAGGACCAGUGUCGCAGACAACGGAAAUAACCGAACUGUCUGGGUAUUUUAUGGGCAUGAGUAUUUACGAUCAACGAGUAAACGGUGAAAAUCAUUCUACGCCACCGCAUUCUUAUCCGCAACCGCAGCCGUCUACCAACCAAGCGGUGCAAAGUGUGCAGUCAAUGCCGCAGAAUUACUGGCAACCGCCACCCAACUCUAUGCCGCCACAACAAACAAUGUACUUUGUACCUCCGCCUGGUACAACACUUUCGGUCAGUCAGGGUCCAGGUGAUAGGCAGCAGUUGCAUCAGCAACAAAGAUUCUCGACGAAUUAUUCUUUUAACGCGCAAACUAUGACUCCUCCGAGCCAAUCGAAUUCCAAUUAUGUGGGUAGCUACCCAGUUCCCUAUAAUUCCGUUCCCGCCGUGACACCGGCACCAAACGAUUACACGUAUCAACCACCGGUUCACAUGGUCCCCACUUAUUAUCCGCCAGGGCAAACGACGAUUCAACCACCUCCUGUCAUGUAUAGAGUACCAACGCCACCGAACACUCCGACUUCCAGCCAGAUGCCUGGGAUGCCAUUGAUGUACGUCAAUUCCGGAAGUUACCCACCGCCAACGAUGGUGUCUAACGGAACAUUUGGCCACCAAGUCGGACACAAUGGCACAUCUCCUGCGCCUCCUGGAACGUACAUGACUCCCGCGCUGGUUCCCAACCUCGUUUUCAGACAAAACGUUCCUGUCGUUACUGGCGUUCGAGCUUCAACACCAGGUAAUUCUCAAAGGACUAGCAGGUCGCCGACUCCAGCACACGAGCUCUUCGGAAGUGGAAACGGAGACAGAAACGCACAACCCCAACCGCGGUACCCACUGCCAAUGUAUCAGGGUGUCCAUAUCGUACAAGGGGAUAUGAGAUUGAUGCAUCCCGGAGUACCAGCUAAUCCGCGGUUGCAGUAUGCGCCAGUAUCAUCACCACCUGUUGUUCAAAGUUGUCCACGACCGUACCGACCACCUUCAUACUCGUCGAACACCUCAGGCGCCGGCACUCCCACCUCGUUCGAUGGGAGAAAUCAGAAAAUUCGUAAACAGAGGUCCAAAGUGGCACCAUUGCCACUGAGUGGCACGCGGCCCAAUCUUUAUCAGGCUCCUUCCAUGCCGUCGUUCUCGUCCAACGUGCCCAAAGAUCUCAGAGAAGCAAAACCUGUGGAAGACAAUAUGAUAUAAGGGACCGUGAAGGUGACAAUCACCCGUCGAAAUCAACUGGUACAAUAUUAGGUAGCUGGGCCAUUCGGAAGAGGACAGCGCUAAACACGAUAAAAACGAAAAGACAAUUAACCGUUACAGCUAAUUAAAAAAAUUAAAAAGAAACAAAACGGAACCGAACGUUAAAUUCGCGGUUCGCCGAUAUACACACGAUUCUUACUAAUUAAUAUUAACCGUACCUUUAAUUAUCUAAGAGGGUAAAAAGCACACACCGCCAGAGUAUAAAUAAUCGGUCGAGUCACGAAUCGAAGAAAAACGAACAACACGAACGGAGCAACAUAAGAUAACAAAAAGAUUUAAAACGAAAAAUACAGGUAAAAAAAAAUGUUACAUCCCUUUUGAUAAAAAAAAAACGCGGAGUUCGAGAAUGAUUAAGCCCAAAUAAAUGUCACGUGUGAUCGAUUAAUUACAACUUGAGCCGCCGCAUAUCGCUGCGAUUCAUCGGAAAGAGAAAUACUAGAACAGAGGAAUAUGCAUAUAUGCGUGCGCGCGUGUGUGUGUAGAAAAAAAAAUAAAAAGGAUAACGAAUGCGUUAUUUUUUUUUUAUUUUUUUUUUAUUUUUGUUGGCGUUGGGCAUGAUAGACACACGAUGCUACACCGAACAGAGAGUUACUGAACAGAAUUUUACCUAUUACAAUUAUUAUAUAUAUUAUAUAUAUACAGUAUAUUAUAUCUGGAGAUAUUUUAAUCGCGGUUUUACAGAUAACUAUAUGAAUGUGAGAUUUAAUUGUAAGAAAAAAGGUAAUUUUAAAAUGAACACAUAAAAACACAAACACACACAGUUACACAGGGAUUAUCCGAAACGGUUCUCGUAACAGUCUACGAGGAAAUCUAUAUAUAAUUAAAAUAAUAAUAAUAAUUAAUGUACGAGUAUUAUAAUGUACAUGUUACUGAGUACGUUUACAACUUGUUGAACCAAUCAAAUCUAUUGGAUUGGAUCUGCAUUCAUUCAGGAUUGAUCAUUGCUCACUGAUUCUUCUGCGAACUGCCACCAAAGAGUUGUUUUAAUCUUAAUGAGAAAAAUAAGAAUACAAAUAAAAAAUGAAAAAAAAAAAUUGCUGCCAGUUAUGAUUAGCGGCAUCAAAUUGUUUGUUACCUCAAUUUUGAUAUCGAAAACGUUUACAAGGGUUACGAACUCGUUACCACGUGACAGCUUCUGAUUCUUUUCGUCUAACAAUCAGAGCACAUACUCUUUCAGAUAUUUUUAAUCAAACGUUUAGCGGCGUUCGUAACGCUAUUCACUGGAUCGGAUAAUUUCACGAGCCGUUGCGUUCGUUUAUAUUUGAUAUGCGUGUAAACGUACAGUGAGUGGAGAAAGUAUUCGUACACCGAUCAAUUUCAAAAAAAGUUUGUAGAAUUGUAAUUUAUUAACUUAUUUUUUAUAAGUAAUGACAUUCUACAUAUUCUCGGAAAUCUCUAGAAUAGAUAGAUUACAAAAAAAAUAGCUAUUUAUGUAAGUUGCGAAAUUAACGAGAAAGAAAACGAUUAAUCGAUAGAAAUAUUGAAGCAAUAAAUAUUUGUACAAUUGUUUAAUUCUUAAAACUUGAUUUAAAAGAAAAGAAGAUUUACAUUAAUUUAUAAAUAAUUAAUACUUCUUUCGUGGGAUUUCCUUUUGAUUUUAUAAUUAUUGUAACUUUUUUAAGCAUUAAAUUAAGCAUUCCUCUAUUAGAACUUUUUUUUAAAGUACUUUACUGGAAAUUUCAUGUUUCUUAAUUCGUACGAAGCAAUAAACUAACGUGUUUACUUUACAAACCCUACUGUAAAUGGUUCGUCAUAUGAAUCGUACAAAUACUUAUUGCUUCUAUACUUUUACCCACUUUUCGCAUUUUUUUGUUAACUUCACAAAUUAUAUUAACUAGUAAAUGUUGUUUGGACUAUAUCUAUCUUAUAGACCUCCGAGAAUAUGUAAAAUAUCAUUGAUCAUAAAAAAGUAAAUUAAGAAACUACAAUUUCACAUAAAAGUUUUUUGGGAAAUUAAUCGGUGUACGCAUACAUUUUACACCCACUGUAUGUCUUGGUGUUAACCCUUUGCACUCGGAGGUCCCCUAUGAGGGGACAUCGUAAGUCUAGCAAAUUUUGCUAGUGGUUAUGUAGAAUAAAUUUAUACUAGGGCAAAUUUGUUCAAAAUGCAUGUUUCCUUGAAGUUUUCUCAUUCAAAUACCACGAGAAAACAAACUUAAUUUUGAUAAAUUAAAUUUGUUCGUAUUGUAAGAGGAACAUUUUCCAAUAGUUAAGUACAAUAAUCAAAUACAUGCGUACUCGACAAAUUUUCAAACUUAUUUACACGAUAAAUAUUAUUAAUCCACAGAGUGGUGGUAAUGUUUCGUUUCCUUAUUUCAUUAUUUUGUUUAAUUCGAAAAGUAGGCCAUGUCCAAAGUGAAUUCUUUUUACGUUAUUUUGAUCUGAAAAACAUUGAUUGUCCUGCUGAAAUUCUCUUCAACGAUUAAUGGAAGACUGAAUCUAAAGAAUCGAUGGAUUGCACGUAUCCUUGCAUUGCAAAGUCUCGCGAAACGACCCGAUACAUUAGCUUUCGACGGCUAAACGUUUCAUGGAACAAGGAUACAAAUUCGUGUUUCUUCUUUUCUGUUGUCGGUAUCGUGUUGCAUCGACCUCUGAUCUUCGACGAUCGCUUUGGUACAAGUUAAUGUCGCUCGAGUGAAUCUGUAAACGUAUUCAGUACAGUUCUAUGUAUCUAGUUCGACACAGUAGUUAAGUAGCGCGAAACCAUCACAGCUUAGCUAUCACGACAGAAACCUGCCUGGCCAUGUUUUUUUUUUCGAUAUCGUUUCUUUUCGUUACGUCUUUGUUUCGUCCGUACAGAGGAGAAGUCGACGUUGACGAUUUAACCGAGACGAAAGGCAACCUUGCGCGACGAGUUUAUUUCGAAAAUAGUAUGUAACAUAACGUGACAACAGAUCUCACACACGAUGUAACUAUGAUUCGUCUUCCAAAGCUUAUCACGGCACGCUUCUUGUAUCCUACAGAUGUCCGAGUUACGCGAACAGAGACACUCCUCGAGAGCCCGAUUCUAUCGAAAGAAGCAGUACGUGUGUAUAUCAGUUCGUCGGCAGUGAUGGUAACGCGUGAUCGUCGUAAUUAAAAAUAAUGUCUCCGUCUGUGAAAAAAAAAAAAAUAAAAUAUUAUAACAAAUUUGCGAAUCAACGUAGACCUUUAACGCGUCGCGGAAGAGUCGUCGCGGUCGUUCGUUAACCCGAUCUCGAAUCCAGCGUUAAAAGAUUCGAAUUUUGGUUCGCCGUAUCCGAGCGACGGCUCUGCGGACCGGAAAGCGCGCGUUGCUUCGCAUGAAAAACCAAGUGGAAUCCAUCCAGAAGCUUCGCUUACGGUGAAUUGUACUUCAGGACGUAGGUGAAGGUGUGCCUAUCUUUUUAUGAGAGUUCGAUUUGAACAAAGAUCGCGUGUCGCGAGCUUUUAUUCUACUCUAUGAAACAAGCGACGAAAGAGAGGCACUACUUUCUUCUUAAGAAAGCGUGAUAAAUUUUAAUUAAAAAGAAAAAAAAGAAACACAUAUAUACAUACACACAAACACACAUACAUACAUAAACACAAGUCGUAGGUUUAAGCGCGAAGAAAACGAGAGCGACCUGAGCAGUUACGUUAGGCAAAUUUAACGCUAUCCGACGUUUCGAUUAUAAAGAGAUGGGCGCACAACCGUAGUGUUUAACUGUACCUAAAGUCGUCGUAGUGAUUAAUCAUGAUAAUUGUACCUAUAACGAAAACAAAGAAAACAGUUCAUGAAUCUCUCUGAGACAUAAUUAACAAGAAAGAAACGAGAACAGAGAAACGAAUCAUGAUUAUCGGCUAUCGUGGGGAACCGCCUGUAAGCGUCGUCCUAUGUAACGUACUAUCGUCCUAUCGUACUAUCGUACAUAGAAUGUCCCGAUAAUAGGUUUUAGUUCUCGCGAAAUGUUCCAAGCGACAAGCGAACCGCAAAUGUAGAAAGAUACCAAUUCUACGAAGCCAUUUUUAUCGAGACACUCGAUUUGAAAAUGUGCAAAGGCAGCUACGCGAUAUCUACGAAGUGGAAAACAGUCAAAUGCGUACUCUAAAUGUUUAUUUUUUUCAAAUCGAAGGCUCGCACGAAAAUCCUUCAUUCUGCGUUUUCCAUGUAAUUUUGCACGAGAAAUCACCUGCCUCAAGGUUUCACUCGAGGAUGAGCAAAAUUGUCUAAAUAUGCAUCGGAGACAGUUUUUUUAGUUCGUAAAAUAUCAUAGAUCAGAUGAAGAAUGAAUCAUGGCUUAAAUGUUGCAACAUAUUUCGAAAAACGAGUUAUAUCGUCAAAAUCACGAUUCUUGAUUUGAAGAGGUGCAACUAGCGUGUAACCAUUUAUUUAAUUAUAUAAUGCGAAACGUUUCAUUCUGCGAAUUAGAGUGGGUGGAGAAAGUAUCCGUACACAUCAAUUUCCAAAAAAAGUUUGUAGAAUUGUAAUUUAUUAACUUAUUUUUUAUAAGCAAUGACAUUCUACAUAUUCUCGGAAAUCUCUAGAAUAGAUAGAUUACAAAAAAAAUAGCUAUUUAUGUAAGUUGCGAAAUUAACGAGAAAGAAAACAAUUAAUCGAUAGAAAUAUUGAAGCAAUAAGUAUUUGUACAAUUGUUUAAUUCUUAAAACUUGAUUUAAAAGAAAAACGAUAUACAUUAAUUUAUAAAUAAUUAAUACUUCUUUCGUGGGAUUUCCUUUUGAUUUUAUAAUUAUUGUAACUCUUCUAAGCAUUAAAUUAACUAAAUUAUUAGUUGUAUAUUAUUAUAGAAGUGGAAUCUUCUUCAAUUCCUCUAUUAGAGCCAUAUUUAAAUGUACUUUACUGGAAAUUUCAUGUUUUCUAAUUCGUACGGAGCAAUAAACUAAUGUGUUUACGUUACAAACUCUACUGUAAAUGGUUCGUCAUAAGUAGACUGCGGAUCUUUAUGCAUUUAUAGAAAAUUUGAACGUGCAAGAACCUACAAAAUGCAAGGAAUAUGCAAGAAUAUUAAAAAGAUUGAAAGUAUAAAGUUCAUGUUAUAACAUUUGCAGAAUAAAAUAAAUUCCUAUUUAGGUUCAAUUUUUGUAAAAUUUUAUUUCGCAUAAAGAUCCGCAGUCUAGUCAUAAGUAUCGUACAAAUACUUAUUGCUUCUAUACCUUUACCCACUUUUCGCAUUUUUUUGUUAACUUGACAAAUUAUAUUGAUUAGUAAAUGUUGUUUGGACUAUAUUCAUCUUGGAGACUUCCGAGAAUAUGUAAAAUAUCAUUGAUUAUAUAAAAAGAAGUUAAGAAACUACAAUUUCACACAAAAGUUUUUUUGGAGGAGUUGAUCGGUGUACGAAUCAUACAUUUUACACCCACUGUAGAUGAUACUUUUUAUUCGACAAGUAACGGAUAAACAGUUUAUUCUUGAUCAUUCGUUACUCGAAAUGUAUAUCCAAGUAAGAAUUUUGCCCAUCUUUGGUUCUACUUUGAGUUGGUAUCUCGCAGAAGCCCAUAUAAUUUUAAGCGUUAUUCGUUAGAGUGAUUUUCAGUAUUGUUUAUUAACUCUCGUCGCAAAGAUGAACAGAGGAAUAACGGAGGAGUUAGGGGAAACCAUGCGUACAAAUGUAAUAUAAUUUGCGAAAUAGCGAUGCUUGCAGACGGUUCGUUGCUCUUACGUCUUGUUACUAAAACAGCUGAACCAAAGUCAUAAUCGCCAAUUGCACGGUCACGUUUAUUUAUUUAUUCAUUUCGCUCCGCGUGUACACUUUUAUCGGAUUCUCGAUGCAUCUGCCGCUUGACCGUCUCAAAGCCAUUUAUUAUCUGAUCAUCGUAAUAGCGACAAAUUUAUCUUUAGUCAAAUUUAUCUUUAGUUCAAAAUAAGAAACGUACGAUACUCUUCGAUAAAAGAACAAGAAAAAUAUAUUCUUUUAUCGUAGGAUAUUACGGUUUUUUUGUUCUGAAAACAUAAGCACAUGGUGGAGAACGUAGCUUGUUAGAACGACACUAAAUGCAGAUAUGAAAUCUACGAAAUUUAUCGCUAAGCUCCAGGUUUCAAGAUGGACUCUACUUUGAAGCAAAUAACUUUAUUGGCGCUGUUUCAUCGAUCCAUUCUUAAUCACCCUUAUGCAUGCGUCAAUAUUUGUAUAUACCAACGCUAAUAUACUUUAACGUUAUCUGUUUAUCGGCGUUUCUAAUACAACUAUUAUAAAUAAUCCUUUUCUUUCGGGUAAUAAAAUGUAAGCUUGGAACUUGG